AUGAAAACUUUUGUUUAUUAUGUUGUAUUAGAUGAUCUAUUUAAUGGCUUAGAAAACCGUUUCAAUCAAGAAACAUUAGAUCUUAUACAUGCUAUAGGUCGUAUGAUGCAACACAAAAUGGAAAGUUCAGAUAUUGAUAUUUUAACUAAAAAGUUUGAUUUACAUAGAGAUGAAUUUGAAGGUGAACUUAGACUAAUUCAUGCUAUUCCAGAUUUUGAAGAAGGAACUUCAAAUAAUACCUUACAUAAAUGGUUGGAAAAAUUAUCAGUCCUUGGAAAUUUUAUAAAUGUUCAUAAAACUUUAAAAUUAUUUUCAACAAUCCCUGUUACGACAUGCUCAUGUGAGAGAGCUUUUUCAAAACUUAGUUUAGUAAAAACUAAAUUAAGGAGUCAAAUGAAGCAGAAAAGAUUAGAUUCUAUGAUGAUGAUUUUUGUGGAACAAGAAUUAGCAUCACAAAUCAAUCUAGAAGACAUAAUUGAUGAAUUCAAGUCCAUAUACCCGGGUACACGUCGUCUUGAAUUAUAA